UCUCAUUCGAGAGGCGGACUUUCCAUCGGAUAUUUCUUCAUGAAUCUAAUUUUCUUUCUAAGUAAUUUUAAGUCAUUCAAAGCAUUAGUGUUAAAAGAAAAUGUACGAUAUAAAAUGUGCCAUUCCUGGAUGCAAAACCAUACUGAGUUCCAAGCGAGAGGGAUUCGGAUUCCCGCAAGAUUUAGAGCUAUGCUUGAAAUGGUUACAGAUAUGUAACAACAGUAGACUUCUAACAGUUUUCCAGUCGAGAGGAAUGACUGCCGUUCGAAGUAGUCGCAUUUGUGCUUCACAUUUCGAUGUGCAACAAUGGAACAAUCCAGCAGAUUCUUCCAAAGGGUUAAAAAUUGGAACCAUGCCUAACCCACAAAUCAAAAUUGAAAAAAAUCAGGGCAUUGCUGAAUCAUCUGGAGAAAAUAAAAUGGUUAAGGAUCAGUUGCAGAUUUUCAAACCAGAAGUCAUAAGUGACGAAGAACCAAUAGAAGAGGAACAGUUAUCAGCUACCAACUAUGACACGGAUCGAUCGGAUGACCAAGUAAUAGUUUUCCAAAGAAAAUCCAAAAAGGAUUUUAUCAAGAGUGAAACUAGUAAAGUCUUGAAAGAAAAUGACAAGCAACUGGAGGAACAAAAUAACAAACCGGUUGACUUACCACAAAACGAUACUGAUAGAACCAUUUGCUGCAUUUGCAAUACCGUUACUGUGGGAGAUACAAAGCAUAUAUUCGAUGAAAGUCUUCAUGGUAAUAAAUAUCAUGAAAUUUUACAAGAAAGUUUAAGCAUUGAGAUUCCGGCUAACCGAACAUCGAACAUCUUACAAUGUUGCAUGAGUUGUUCAGAUUUCCUCGAUGAACUUUAUCUAUUCGCUCGUCAGUGUCGAAAAAGUUUCUCGGAACUAAACAAACGAACAGAUUCCAGACAACACGGGAAAUAUGAUAACUUUGAUGCAGAAGGAAACAGUUCAACUGGAUUUGAUGACUUCAUUAUCAAAGACGAGCCAAGCGUUGUCGACGGCAACAUUUAUGAUGAAUCGGAUGAUUCUUCAGAUUCUAUGAAUCUACUGAAAGAAUCCCGAAAUCAAACUAGGCGUCUUUUGGAAGAAAAUCCCAAAAAUAAAUCGCCUAAUAUGGUUCAGUGCAAAAUAUGUGGCCACACUUAUAAGAAUCAACAACUUUUAGAUGUUCAUAUGAACAUCCACACUAGAAAAAUGAAAUUUUCUUGCAGAUUUUGUGAUAAAACGUUUUAUCUUCGUCGUUCCUGUGUGGCACAUGAGCGAUGCCACGAAGAUAAAAUUAACAAUGUGAAGUACGUAUGUGAUGAAUGUGGACAACCCUACGGUAGAGAAGACGCUUUGCAGGCUCACAUUGCAGUAUCACACCGUGGAAUAAGCCGAUACGGUUGUAAAAUGUGCAAAUACCGUACUAAUAUAAGACCACGGCUGUUAGAACACGUCCGGUCUCAGCAUACCGAAAUGCGGCCCUAUCAGUGCACCGUUUGCCAGAGUACAUUUGCGGUGCUACCGUCCUACUAUCGGCAUCUAAGAAAGCAUCGGGACCGGGAGCAAAAGUAUAGGGACCUGAAGCGGGACAUCAAAUGUAGCUACUGCCAGGAAACGUUUGCCGGUGCUGCGCAAGUCGAGAAGCAUCUAGCUACCAACCAUAAGGAGAAAAUGAUUAUAAUUUAAGUUAAUUUAUUCGUAUUUUUUUAGAUAUUAUUUAGUUUAGUAGAAUGAACAUCUUUUUGUACUAAUCCAAUGGAUUUAAAAUGAAGUUUGCAAUGAAAUAUCAAUGGAGUCAAAGAAUAAAGCAUUGAAUUAAACCACA